ACAAUAGGGCUUCGCAAGAACGCCUGACUAUACUGACACAGGGAUUUACUGAUGAUCCGAAGGCACCUGUCGGUGAGAUGGGUAUGCAGGCUCUGAUGAUGGUUCGGUGCACGAACCUAGUAAAUCCUGUAUGUGACUGGCUUGGCGAGAUAUAUGAGCCUGCUUCUAGGGAAUUCGUGAUUCCAGGACGCGAAAGAUUGCCUUUGAACGAGGAAUCCGUGUUCUGCACUUUGGGUGUCCCCCGUGGAGAAAUCAAAGUCCCUUAUGAAGUGAACAAUAAGAUUGAGGAAGCUUUGUUUGCCCGUUUGUUUCCUGGAAUGGCUUCCAUGCCUAAUAUGACUGUUCUGGCAACUUCGCUAGAGGAGAUGACAACCCAUGGCGAGGUUUUUAAGAUGAAGCUGCUCAUGUACUUGAUCUCGGCUGUAAUUUGCGCCUACCACAUCUCUUCGCCCAAGCAACAAGUGCUUUCCUAUCCUGGCGAAGCUGAAAGAUGUUAAAAACAUCAAUCGAUGAAAAUUCAUUGCCGACUUCCUGCAUGAUGCAUUCUCAAAUAAGAUGUACCAAAAGGGAUGUCACUUGCAUCUAAUGCUAUCUUUCCCCCUACUCUUUAUGCAAAUGUUCUUAUCACGGUUCAUUCUUUUCAUAAAUCAACAUUUGCAGCUGUUAAUAAGUGGCAACCGAACUAUUUUUGCAUUUUAGUAUCUCUGUUUGGCCAUAGUUUGAACAAACCAUAGUUCUUGAUAGAGCUUUUAUCUGAUUUUUUAGGGCAAUCAUAGUUGAUCGUGCAUGGCAACCGAUUUUUUUUGUUUUGUGUCUUCUUCGUGCCAAAUUGAAGCUUGUUUGAUACAUGGCAAUUGUAGUUGGUGUUUUCAAGGAAUUUCAUUUUUUCUAGUUAUAGUACACAUAGUGAACCACCUCCUAUGUUCAUUUAUAUUUUAUACAAUCUGGAUGGCAAUUACAGUGUUGAACUAGUGGCAACUAAGAAUAUAAUAACAUGGCAACUGCUAACAUAACAUGCUUUCAACUAACAAUAUAUGUAGGUUAAAACUAAGAACAUAUGUAGAUGGCAAAUCUCUUUGUUUUACUUAAAAAAACUUGUGACUCAAGGGGCAUUGUACUAUCAAUGCCAUUUAAAUCGUGGUCAUUUUCAUUUUCCUUUUUCCCCGCAUUUCUAUAUGUUUUCUUUUUCCUGGACAACAUUUGAUCAUUGUCAUAUCCUGAUUUACUUGUUCGCUUUAUUGUGCAAACCAGCUCAUGUACGUCGAUAGUCUUGAUUUGUCCACUGUCGACUUUACUGGGUUAGGAGGCCCGCCGCCUGCACAUAAGUUUGUCGUCUCUGCGUGGACGUACGAUGCUGUCAAGGUUGUACUUGCUGCAGACAGGGCUUCUGAUACAAAAUAUGGGAAACUUCAGUUGAUGGCCAAACAUGCUAUAGACUACAGUGUGUUUGGUGGGCCACAAAACUUUGGCAAGUGGAUGGAUGUGCAUUCAGCUCCAUCUUGUCCUGCUGAGGCAAGGGCACCUGUUGAGCACCUAGUUGGGCAGUUUGCUUCUGGCAUGACCAACUUGCUUGGGAAGUUGGUCAAGGGUUGGACAACACUAAAUGGUUCUGAUAGUGAUGUGGUUGCGAGGAACUUCACGUCAUUCAUUGGAGAACAGACACAUCGUCUGACUGGUUGCCGUGGCCGAUAUGACUACAACAGCUCUCAGGAGCUUCCUGACACACAUGAUGAGCUAGAUGGGGAUGGUUUUGGUGGCGUUGACGCUGAUCUUGACAAGGAUGGCGAUGAUGACAUGGAGAAUGUGCCACAUGACAGUGACCACGAUAAACAUCACGAAGAUAAUGUGAGGGGCAAGAAGGAUAAGGCUGCACCGAAAGUUCCUCUACCGAAGGGAGGCAUUGAUUCAAAUGUUGCGAGAGACACGAGGGUUUCGCUCUCAAAGAGGGACAGGGCUCCAGAGGAUGCAGGCCAAGGCAAUGUUGGGAAGAGGUGUAGGGCUGAUCCCGUAGCUGCUAGGAGGAGUGAGGCGACAGCUGGUGGACGAUCAGUUAAGCAGAAACAAGCACCUACGCCAACCCGUGUUUCUGCCCGGUUGAACAAGGGGGCUCCCGCUGCUGGUGCCACCACCUCCACUAGGUCAUCUCCUCGCACAUUGACGUCCAACUCCGGGGAUCCUGUCGUGCUAGAAGACUUGAGGCAGACAACCAAGAAGGUCAAGAAGACUACUACACGCUUGACCAGUCGUACUACCAGAGACCCACUUGAAUGCAUUCACUCCAAGCUGUCGGCAUCCGAUGUUGCAGACAUUCAUGAGCCGCCAGUCGACCAAUCUGCUGCUGUACCGUCCACUGUUUCUACUAGCUCUGAUGCAAGAGGCCGCGCAUCUCCGCCGGUUGCAGAUGUGCAGAUUACAACAGCAAGCAUCCGUACAUCUGGGAGUGGUGAGUCUGUAUCUGCCAGGACUGCUGAGAUAUUGCCUACACUAGUGGCAAUGAUAGAUGCUGUUGUCACCCAUGUCACCUGAUCAGCAAGUGUUGAAGUGGAUGCUCCUGAGGUCAACCUAAACAAGGAGGAUUCCUGGUCAUCUGAUAUGGACUCCAAGCGUGUGGCUAGUGGCACUUCUGUGUCCACGAAAGAAGGGGAUGCGGCCACACUUCAGAAUGAAAUGCCAUCCACAGUUGACUCUCAUGUCACAAUGGCUCCAACAGCUGGUGGCCUAGAGGCUGCUACUGUUACCGUUGUGCGACCUGGCCUGCCACCUAGGCGGCGUAGCCCCCGCAAGAUUCCUGCACAGGUAUCCAAUGCACCGUAGGUACUUAAGAGCAACAGAGAUGACUCUGGUUACGUGCAUGCUUCCACACUGUUCCCACCGUCUGCCAAAAGCAAUGUACCCGAUAAGACGGAAGUCAGCAGUACAACAGAUGCAGCUGGCAAGCCGUGCACUACUAAAGGAGGUGGGCGUUCAGAGCAGACUGCGUCUUUCAUCGCCGUGGAGAACACCAGCUUAAAUAUGCGCACUUCCAAGCUCCCUAUCAACGUUGGUGUACCCUACAGCCCAAACAGGAAGACCGGCAAGAAAGUUGUGGUUGAGAUCGCUGACAGCACACCCCGACCUACUAACAAGCCUAAUGAUCCCGCAACAGAUGAGGGAGACAUGUUUGUUGAUCUGUUAUCUCUAGACCCUGCCAAUCAAUUUGUCCUCAAUCUGGCCCAUAGACAGGAGAGGCACCCCAUGGCUUUUACCCCACCAAGCUUUAGUCUAGGAAUCGACAACACUCAGGAUGUACAAGUGCACGAUCCUAUGCCUAUUGCUUUUUCUUUCCCGGCAGGCACGGUCCCAAUGAUGGCGCAACCGUUGAAUGAUGGCAGGAAGGCUGUCAAGUUUGCAGAUCCCAUAG